AUGUUUCAUAGAAGGCAGUCAACCGGUCAAAGCUUAAAGGAGGAAGUUUGGUCAAAUCCUUGUGGAAUUUGGAGAAGCAAUCAAAGAGAUAUUGGGAAAGAUAUUGGGAAACCUACUUUUGUUCUUCAUCUAGACAUAGAGUGGGACGGUUGUAGGAACACUUUUGGUAUAGACAGAAGAACCAUCAAAGUAGAGGGUCAAGUUUUGACAGAAAGAGAGUCGGGUACAUUGCCCAGCCAAACGGAAGUAAACCUGAAGAAUGUGGAGCAAGCUAAGGCUAUUACAUUGCGGAACGGACGACCAAUCAAGACAGCCGUUGAUUUGGACCAAGAGCACGCUACAGAGCUUCCUGCCGCAAGCAAGGAGCAACAGAAGAAAGUUCUAGCAGCUGCCAUUGCUUUUCCAGCAGCGGCCAAUGCUGUUCCAGUAGCUGCCAAACAAGAUGGUUCAAUUGGACAACUGAGAGCCACAUCCUAUGUCCCUGAAAUUCCAUUCCCGCAACGUUUAAAGAGCAAGAAAAUUGAAGAGCAAUUUGAGAAAUUUUUGCACAUUCUUAAGAAAUUGGAGAUCAAUAUUCCUUUCAUUGAUGCACUGGAACAAAUGCCCACAUAUGCCAAGUUCAUGAAAGAUAUCAUAACUUCAAUGAAGAAAUUGGGGAACAACCCCACAGUAAAGUUGUCCAAGAGAUGUAGCGCCAUCUUGCAAGGCCACAAACUGCCAGAGAAAAAGAAAGAUCCAGGGUGUUUCGAUAUACCUUGCACAAUUGGUUCUAUUUAUUUUGAUAAAGCGCUGUGUGAUUUAGGUUCUAGCAUUAAUUUAAUGCCCUUAUCUAUUGCUAGAAAAAUGGGUUUGGGGGAGGAAAUUAAAUCUACUUCGGUUUCUUUGCAGAUGGCGGAUAGAUCAAUUACACUACCCAAAGGCUUGAUCGAAGAUGUGAUUGUUAAGGUUGAUACCCUUGUCUUUCCCGCAGAUUUUCUUGUCAUAGAUAUGGAAACCAAUGGCCAUACACCAAUCAUCUUGGGCUGGCCAUUCUUACUCACUGGGAGGACCCUAAUUGACGUUGAACAAGGUCUUGUGGUUUUAAGGGUAGCAGACAAGAGUGUGGCAAUCAAUGUGUAUAAAGCUUUACUCUAUCCAGAAAGUGAAGAAACAUGCAUACUGAUGGAUACAUUGGAAAGAGAUAUAUCCUCCCACUUUGAAAAAGAACAUCCAUGUGAUCCAUUAGAGGCUUGUUUAGUCCACAACAAUAACAAGGAGAUGGCAAAUCAGGAAAUUAUUGAGAUGGCACAAUACUUGGAUGCAUAA